AUGCAAUGGGGCCACCCAUCACAGGCUGCUGGGGUGGCCCCACUGCCUCUACGGUGCCACAUCGCGAACACUCUCUUUGCUUCCUCCUCUUCCUCCACACUUAGUUUGCCGUUCGCGGGGCUCAUCUCGCUUACUUUGCAGAUAACGCCCACACACACACACGCACAUGUAUGCACACAGCAGAGAUUCUUCAUACACCACUGCAUAUUUUGCUCUUCUUUGCUGUUGGGUUGGGGGUGGGGACACCACUCUCGUCUUCAAUCCUCGCCUCUCUCUCUCUCUCCCUCCCUCCCUCUCUUCGCACUGUUGUGUUAUACAAUGCUGCGACGUGUGAGUGGCGCUGGUGCUGCGGUGACCCCUACCCGUAUAGAAACGAUGGAGGUAUGCGACGCGCUCUACUUGGGUAGGGGGGGGCGCCGCAUCACGCCAACGCUGUCAUCUGCAGCGGUGGCGACGACGACGACGACUGCAGUUGCCACGCCGCGGCGGCAGUUUUUUUGGUCGGGGCCAUCAGACAAAGACUUCCUGCGUCAUUUCGCGCCAUCGAGCGCGCCUACAAAAGUGGUUUCACCGCUUGAGUCGCUUCGACCACCGGCGCCGCCAUCUGCGUCGGAUGCGCGGCCCUUCGGCUCACUGAACCGCACGAACAGCAUUCGCCGCUAUGUGAACGUCAAUACUGCAGGGGCUUCGACGAGUAUCGCGGACAGCAAGGGUGACACUACAUCCUAUUCUGCGACUUCCUCAUCACCGUUGGCAGCGGCCACAGCGGCUGCGCCGCCGCGCAUGGAGCUCUCUCGGCUGCUUCGUCGACAUCACAGCGGCUCUUUGGCCAUCUCUGCGCCCAGCAAUGGACAACACGGCACUCGCCAUGAGGAAGGUCUACCACAACAGCGGCAGGCAGCUGGUAAUGCCACUGUGGCCAAGGCGCAGGCGGCCAUAGCGGCCGCAACGGCAGCAAAGCGCCAAGCCAACACCACAGCGUCAUUGUCCGCUUCCAACGCGUCGAGCGCGCAGCCUGAGACUGCCACUGGCGGAGUGGGCAGUCCCAUGCACAAAUCCAAGGCCUCAGUCAGUGAAGUGAAGAGUGCGUCGAGCUGCAGCAGUGACGCACGGGAUCACUUGCAGGUAUAUAAAGAGCGCUGCACCAUUGGGUGGUCGCCGGAGGAAUUCUAUGGCGUAGUGGCCGAUGUAGAGCACUACUCCGCGUUCUUGCCGUGGUGCGCGAGGUCGGAGGUGCACACGACGCGCCGGGUUCGGGUGCCGCAUGGUACCCGGUGUCUCGCUGCCAGCUCCAACUCUGCCGCCUCGCCCCGUUUGGCCACAGGGGCCGAGGCGGCAGAGUUGGAGCUCGUCGAUGCCAUCGAGAUGACCACGACACUGACCAUCGGCUUCUCCUUUCUGAAAGAGCAAUACACGUCGCGCGUGACGCUCUAUCCAGGGCGAAAAGUUGUCGCGGCUCUUUACGAGGAAGAGGAGGCUGACAGCGAAGCAGCGCUUCAAAACACCAACAGGGCCAGCUCAAAGGAGGUUGCACCCUCAUGCGGCAGUAGCUCCACGCCAGGCACGGGCUGCGGCGACGGGCUUGUGCUCUCCUUCUUUAAGAAGGCGGCGUCUACGGCGGGGGCGGUCGCCAAGCGGUCGAUUCUCCAGCACCUCCGAUGUGAGUGGGAGUUCGCCCCGGUGGAAGGGAAGCCCCAAACGGUGGAUGUGCUCUUCUCCGUGUCAUUUGAGUUCAAGAACCCGAUGCACCGUCAUUUAAUCAUGUCGAAUGUUGUGAGCCUCAUGACGCACAGCUUUGAGCGUCGCUGCGAGAGCCUGUAUGGGCCUCCGUCAACCACGAAGGUGUCACUGCCAGUCCUGUCGUGA